AUGAACAACUUCCACUUCUGCCACGUCUUCCGCCACGUCUUCCGCCACGUCUUCCGCCACGUCUUCCGCCACGUCUUCCGCCAGGUCUUGCGGCAGUGUGCGCUUGGACGUGGGCAGCCAAAGGGAGCACUGGAUAAUGAAAAACUGCAGGGUGGAUUCAUGUUGUGCUUCCUGGAUGAUGGAUGUGGCAUGAGUCCUGAGGAAGCUUCAGACAUUAUUUAUUUUGGAACAUCCAAAAAACGGUUAUCCAGCUUCAAGUUCAUUGGGCAGUAUGGCAAUGGUCUUAAAAGUGGGUCCAUGAGAAUUGGGAAAGAUUUUAUUCUCUUUACAAAGAAGGAAGAAACAAUGACCUGUGUGUUUUUCUCUCAGACCUUCUGUGAAAGAGAAGGUCUUAAUGAGGUUGUGGUUCCAAUACCAUCAUGGCUAACAAGAACCAGAGAAUAUGUCACCAAUAACCUUAUAAAAUUCUCAACAGAAUUAUCUAUAAUUUAUAAAUACUCCCCAUUUAAAACUGAAGCUGAAUUGAUGCAGCAAUUUGAUAUGAUCUAUGGAAAAUGUGGUACUUUGCUGGUUAUUUACAAUUUAAAGCUUCUGCUUAAUGGAGAACCAGAACUGGAUGUUAAAACUGACCGGGAAGAUAUUCUGGUAGCUGGAGCUCUUGAGGAUGUUCCAGAGAGAUGUUCAUUCAGAGCUUACACAUCUGUUCUGUAUUUUGACCCUCGGAUGAGAAUAUUCAUUCAGGCUGAAAGAGUUCAAACAAAACACCUUUGUCAUUGCCUCUACAGACCCAGAAAGUAUCUGUAUGUUACAUCUUCUUUUAAAGGAACAUUUAAAAAUGAGGUUAAGAAGGCAGAAGAAGCUGUUAAGAUUGCUGAACUCAUGUUGAAAGAAACACAAAUCAAACUCAACCAACUGAACAGAACUUCUCCUGCCAAGAAUGUGUUACAAAAAGCUAUGGAAGAUGUAGAAGCAAAGCAUAAGACUCUUAAAGAGAAACAGAAGGAAUUAAAGAAAGUAAAAACGCUCACCUUGUUCUUUGGUGUGAGUACAGAAAAUAGAAGCCAGGCUGGAAUGUUCAUUUACAGUAAUAGCCGUUUGAUCAAAAUGCAUGAGAAAGUGGGGCCCCAGUUGAAACUCAAGUCCUUACUUGGCGCAGGUGUGGUUGGAAUUGUUAAUAUACCACUGGAGAUCAUGGAACCAUCCCAUAAUAAACAGGAAUUUCUCAAUGUCCAGGAAUACAAUCAUCUACUAAAAGUCAUGGGACAGUACUUGAUCCAGUACUGUAAGGACACUGGAAUCAGUAAUAGAAAUCUAUCAUUGUUUUGGAAUGAGUUUGGAUACCAAAAUAGGAAGAAUGUGGAGAAAUCUUUAGACUCUAUUUGGUAUCAAAGGAGACAAAUCAAGGACAUCCCAUUCAUCAUCCAGUGUGAUCUUUGCCUCAAGUGGAGAGUCUUACCUUCUUCUACUAAUUACCAGGAAAAAAAAAUUCAUAACAUCUGGAUUUGUGCUGAUAAUCCUAACUCCUUGGAAAACAGCUGUCAUCGAGUGGAGCAGCUACCUUCCAUCCCUCUAGGCACUAUGAGCACAGUGUCACAAUCAAAACAUGAAAAAGAGAAGCAACUUAGAGAAGUGGUCCUUAGGUAUCAAAAUAAACUUACAGAACAGCAACCACAGCCUCAAUUUAUACUACCAAAUAGGAUCGCCACCACUUGCCAAACUUCAGCACCUAAGGAAAAUACCAAAACCCAGAGAAUCAGGCCUUCAAGUGGUGACUUGAAGCAUGAGUUCCUUCCAUCCUUCAAGCUUUCAGUCAGCCACAGAGGCUGGAAAAGAAACACAGAAGAGGACUCUGAUAUAGAGUUCAUUUCAGAGACUAAAAUUAUGAAAAAGACUGUGAAGAAAGUGAAAUCUCAACCAUGCAGAUAUCCAAGAGCCCCACCAGAACAUAUCAAACCAGCUGAGAGACCUCAGAAAAGUCAGAUUGCUAAUAUCAGUGCAAUGUGCAGAAAGCACAAACUAUCUGAAGGCCUCCUUGAAAAAUGCAUGGCUUCUUCUUGGGAAAUGAAAAGGAAGCAGAAUCAAAACCUUAUGCAGGAAUGUAAGGCACUGAUUGAAGUUGAAACCAACAAUGAUGAUCCGGAUAUAAUCCUGGUUUUAGAUAAAAGAGACACCGGCAUUUCAUUGAAACAAGAAAAGAACGAAGUUGCUGUUAUCGACAAAGGAAAACAGGAGCUGUGCAGUGUUGCUCCAGAAAUAAAGAGAAACUCUUCAUUGCCUAACGUGAAAAGUCAGUUGAAUGUGACAAUGGAAGAUUUAAAUGCAAGUUCUGGACACAAAGCCAGAGUUUCUGUGAGUGGCAAUUGUGAAGUUGCUUCUUCUCUGGCAAAGUCUUUUCAAAAUACAUUUAUCAAGGAAACAGUGAGAAAACUGAUGUCUAAUUUAAGGGAGAUUCUUCUGUAUUUUUUUCCUGAGUUUCAGCUACCAUUAGAAUUUGACUACACCUAUGUGGAGGAACCUGGAGCAAAUUCUGAGCUGGAGCACUGCCCAGAACAUACAAACAAAAAGCUGAAAAUGUGUUUCAACCAGAUCAAGAAUGUGUACAUGGUCCAAUAUGAAAAAAGAUUAAAGAGAAAAAUAAAGUCCACUAUUUCUGAUGCAACCAGAAGAGAAGAGGUUAGUGAAAUCUAUCUGGAACAAUCUGAAGAAAAAAGAAAACUUACUGAAGAUAAACUGAAGAAUCUUCGUGUAAAGCUGACUAUAUUGCUACAGAAACUUCAGCUGGGUGAUGCAGCAAGCGAUCCAGAACAGAUGGACAGUUAUUUAGAAGCUUUGCUUAAGGAAGAUAAUCUCUUUUUUCGAAACGCUUUAAGUAAAGUGACUAUAGAAUCAGGACAUAAGCUCCCUUUAGAAAAAAAAUAA